UUGCCAAUCUCAAAGAUGGCGCCGGCAGCGUCGCAGUGGCGGCAGCAGGUCACGUGGCCCCCCGGUUCCGGCGCGGUGGAAGCCCCAGGAGCUGAAGCAGUCGCCAGCACCAUGUCCCGGUUGUUCGAUCCUCGUGUUCCCCGCGGCCCCGGCCCGCUGACGUUGCUUCUCCUGCUCCUGCUCGGUCCCAGCUCGGUCCUCACCAUCUCCUUCCACCUGCCCGUCAACUCCCGCAAGUGCCUUCGAGAGGAGAUCCACAAGGACCUGUUGGUGACGGGCGAGUACGAGAUCACCGACCAGUCGGGGGGUGCCGGAGGCCUGCGGACCCACCUCAAGAUUACAGAUUCAGCUGGCCACAUCCUGUAUUCUAAGGAAGAUGCAACCAAGGGGAAAUUUGCCUUCACCACUGAGGAUUAUGAUAUGUUUGAGGCAUGUUUUGAGAGCAAGGGAACAGGGCGGACACCUGACCAGCUCGUGAUCCUGGACAUGAAGCAUGGGGUAGAAGCGAAAAAUUAUGAGGAGAUCGCAAAAGUGGAGAAACUAAAACCCCUGGAAGUUGAGCUGCGACGCCUGGAGGACCUUUCAGAAUCUAUUGUCAAUGAUUUUGCUUACAUGAAGAAGCGAGAAGAAGAGAUGCGAGAUACUAAUGAGUCAACAAAUACCCGGGUUCUGUACUUCAGCAUCUUCUCCAUGUUUUGCCUUAUUGGAUUGGCCACCUGGCAAGUUUUCUAUCUUCGACGUUUCUUCAAGGCCAAGAAGCUGAUAGAAUAAUGAAGAAAUUCUUUCCCACCCUGUCUUGCAGCCAGGAGGACACCACUGGGACAUACCUGGCCUGAGCCACACCACAGACAGCACAUUCUAUCUGCUGACCCUGGAGUUUUCUUGUCAGAACUGGCCUCAUUUCGGGUGGGAGGAAUGGGGAACCACCUAAACUCCACAUAGGCCAAUGAGGGAGACUCUUUUUAACUUGCUGGGUAGUGGGGGGGGUUGGGCUGGUUUUGCAACAAUGGGACUGUCAUUAAGGCCACCUAUGAUAAGAAAAUGGAUUUUGUAGAUGCUGAAACCCAGCAUUGCCAUUGGGUUUCCUCAAAAUGAUCUGUUUGAACCAUAUGACUUCUUUCCUUUUCCUACCUACCUGUUGGCUUGGACUUCUACUCUAGUUCUGUCAUCAAGAUUUGUAUGACCAUAUUGACUUGACUGUAGAUUUACUGUGUUCUGAUUGUCCUGUUUUUUCCCCCCCUUAUGGUUAUUAUAGCAGUAUAACCAUUAUAUUUUAGCUGAAAUUGAAUUUGUUUGGGUGACUUCUAGUGAUACAAAAAUCCAAGACCCAAAGAAAAGAUAGAAGAUAAGAUUCCUGAUAGAGCUAAAACUUGGAACUGUAGUUCCAUAGAAAAUUCAGAACUAGGGAUAAAAAUAAACUUUAUGCACUCAGCCUCUUAGAUUUCUUAAUGUAACCUACAAAAGUAAAAUUGAAUAACUUUCCUUACUUUAGCUCUUUAUAUUUAUUUCCUAUAUUUUUAUGCUAUGUUUAGGAAUUUAGUUCAGUAAGGUAUAAAAUUGUAUAAUUGGGAGCAUCAUGAAUAAAGUAGGUGCUGGAAAUACAUGGAGUGAAUGCAUGCAGGGCCAAGAAUCAGUGUGGGAUUAAAGAUUGAGUAGAGGCCAUCGCCAGAUGUGUUUAUAUAUUUACAUAUGAGGAAGGAUGCAGUGACCAUGUUCACAUAGUUAUGCAAAAUAGAUGUUUAUUUUGAAAUGGAUUUCUCAGUUGAUCCAGAGGUAGGAAGAAACUUACUCCUUUAUAUUAAUUAAAGUUUCUUAAGCAGCAACUGAAAGAACUGCCCUCAGCCAUGUGAUUGAUUCUCUUUAAUACAGAGAGUAAUAUAUUGGAAAGAGUUGACAGGAGAGCUUGAGGUGAUGCCUUGGAAGAUAAUGGGGAAAGAUUUGGUAACAGGAUGGAGACCUACUUAAAAGAACCUGGGAACUAAGCAAUGUUCCAGCUGAAGAGAGUGACAACUAUUGAAGCUUUUCCGCCCAUUUGUGUGAACUGCCCCUUUCAAAUUGAUUUAGAGAACUAGUGCAGUAUUGCCAUCUGCUGGUAGAAGCUAUGAGUUCCUGCUCCUGAGAAUCCAGCAGUGGUAAGACUUACCAGUCUUAGUGUAGCAAAAAUCCACAGUAACAGUAGUCAUUGAGAGUACCAUCUACAGUUUUGCAUGUGAGACUUGUAAGGUGAAGUGUCAGUGUGUACAAGAAGGAAGAGAAGAGAAUAAAUGGGUGUCAGAGGCACCUCCUGCAGAUGCAGACAUUUCAAGGCGACGGCCAACACAGGCCAUCGGGACUCCCUUCUGAGUCAAAGUCUGUGACAAGCUACUCACUACCAUUCUCUGAUCGCAACAUUCUUCUCUUGUCUUAACCGUGAUAGUCACUGAGGUAAUUAUGAUAUCAGUUGACAGAUUGUCUUUCAUUGAAUUUUUAAUCCAGGCGGAAAGGGAAGCUCUUCAUUUUAUCAAUUCUCUCCAUUACUUUAGACCCUUGACUUGAGUUUUGUGUAGUUUGAAAUCUGUUUCGUGUUUGUCCCCUUUUUAAACCAUGCUGGAACUUUCUCCAGAGCCCUCUGCUUUAUUCUAAAGCUAAUUGAUAACUCUGCUUGCUUUUAUCUAAAAAGAAUUAAUUGCUUUGAAAGACUGGUGCUAGAGUAAGUCUGCUUAGAAAAUAAGAGUAUUCUGAGUUCUCUGCUUUCUCUUUCUCUCUUGUGAGUAUAUUAUUCAAAAUGACCUCUAUAAUGUAAAUGAGGUGGUAAAGUUUACAGUAAGCUUUACUGGUACCAUGGUCAUAAAUUAAAUGCAAUUCUUGUCAUAAAGCUGUUUUCACACAACUUGUUUUAUAGGAAAGAAGCAUGUGGGAUUUAUACAGAUUUACCUGUAAGUAUUGGAUUGGGUAUUUUUGUGUAAAUUUUCUGAAAUAAAGUUUAGGGGAAACCA